GUUUGACUAGCCAAAUGAGCACUGGAAUUUGGCCAUGUUUAGAAUGUCUGAUAAUAUCAGGUGCAAAAUAAUGAACGGAAGAGAUUAACAGGAAAAGGAUACAGUAUUACAUAAUAUAGGACGCCGCCACAGAAAUAGACUCUGUGUCUCAUUGUACAGUAGUACAGAACUGUACAGAGAGGGUUCAAAUGUUUCAUGAAAGGUUUGCAUAUUUUGAUAGCGAUUCAAACCUUCGGUAAACUAAACGGCGCAGAGUCAAGAGAGUUAAGAGACGGAAGAGCAGCUACUGCUGUGGAUACAUUCUCUUCAUUGUAAAAUCUAAAUGGCUCUGCAGAUGUGAUGGAAACAUGGCAUAUCCUGGUCUGGCGUAUUUGUCUGAUCCUGGCCCUCUUGCCGCACCUCCACCAGUGCCUGUCAGUGCAUUUCCAGAACAAGGAUCUCCUUUAUGUGGCUCUGGGGAGAGACCUGGUCCUGCAGACCCAGUUCCAGAUUACACCAACAGAGAAGAUCGUCAUGGUGAUUUGGGACUACACGACUGAGAAGGGUCAGGGACAGGUCAGGCUGGCCGAUCACCAAGAUUCACCUGGCAAUCCAAUAGACCAGAAGGGGGCCUUAUUUAGGGUGGAGAAUAUAAGUUCAUCUAACUAUGGAGUCUACAUCAUCACUGUGACUAACCAGAUGGGGAACGAGGAAGAAGCAAAGAUACUUGUUAGAGAGAGUGUUGCUGCUCCUGUGGCGUCUCUGUCCCUCCAGUGUGAGGUGGCCAAUGACAGGGCACAGUGGGACAGCCCAGUGGUUUCCUGGUUGGUGGAUGGGGUAGAGGUCUCCAAUCAGACAGCCAAUCUCUCUGCAGAUGGCAGGAACCUAUACAUGUCUGGAAUGAAGGGCCACAACUACACAUGUGUGGUCAACAGCAGUCUGGGGACUAGUGUUACAAACUACAUCACUGAUUCUUCUACACCAUCCCAAAGUAACCAAUCCUGUGAGACUUGGUGUGUUGUAAUAUUGGCCACCAUCGUCAUCAUCAUCAUCAUCAUCAUCAUAGUGAUUCUAAAGAAAUGUGGAUGUCUCUCCUGGAUAUGCAAACAGCGGAGGACGAAUGGGAUUAUAUGACUUUAGGAGGUCCCUCGCGUUCCAUUAUCAGUCUUAUGACAUUUUGUUGCACACUGAACGAUCACACAAGUCUUUGGCACAGAUGGGCACCUGCGGAGAUGGUAUGAUAUGAGAAGUUUAAAUGUAAUAUUCUAUUGCAGUAUGUCACUCUGCCAGACACCAAUGAUCAUUCCUAUUAAGAGCAGUGGCCCUAUUCCGCAUCAAUAAAAUAUAUUGAUAUGCCUUUUUAUCUAAUUAAAUUGUAUUUGUCACAUGUUUAGCAGAUGUUAUUGUGGGUAUAGUGAAAUGCUUGUUAUUGGUGUAUUUGUAUGCUGAUUUGUGGUAUUUGAUGCAGUGUCUACACGUAUAUUUUGACUUAUUAUAUCUUUGUAUCUUUUUGUUAAGUACUGUAUGCCAUCACAUUUACAAGUUAAAAUUAAACCUAAACCUACUUUUGUGAUGCCUAUGUAUGAUAUAAAGCAAAUGGACAAAUGCACACUUUGUUACAAACUCAGCAAGAAAAUAAACCUCCUCUCACUGUCAACUGCGUUUAUUUUAAGUAAACUUAACAUGUGUAAAUAUUUGUUCGAACAUAACAAUAUUCAACAACUGAGACAUAAACUGAACAAGUUCCACAGACAUGUGACUAUUAGAAAUGGAAUAAUGUAUCCCUAAACAAAGGGGAUCAAAAUCAAAAGUAACAGUCAGUAUCUGGUGUGGCCACCAGCUGCAUUGAGUACUGCAGUGCAUCUCCCCCUCAUGGACUGCACCAGAUUUGCCAGUACUUGCUGUGAGAUGUUACCCCAUGUUGGAUUCUGUAUUUUACAUUAUAGCCAUUAGCAUAUAUAUGAUUAAAUAUUAUCUGAUGUUGGUUGUGUGAGGUGUCUGCAUUUGUGCACUGGAGCAUCAUUAUGAGAUUAAACAACUGCUUGCUACUUGCCUGUUUGUGUGUGACAAGAACUGAGUAACAUGGUGUGACCUGCAUGUUGCAAAACUGUAGAUAACAGCCCAGCAGAUGCUUUGUCCUUGUGUUUGUAUGUAACAAUAUUGAGCACAUGGUGUGACUUGCUGUAUCUUACAAAGUUGUGAUAGGGAGGGGUGGUCAUCACAAGGUUUAACUGAGAUGGAAAAAUACUGAACAACACAAUAGCAGGAACUGAGCAACUGUUAUAACUAGGGGGUGAUACCAGAACAGUAGGAAUCGACAGAAGGAGGACUCCAAGAAGCGCCAAGAGGCGGGGACCCGCCUGAGCGCCUGCGAUAGGCUGGGCAAGUUUAAACCACGCCCAGCCUCUACUGUGAUAGGCCAACAGAUGGGUUGGAACUAUGUCUAUCACAGUAUAAAGAAUACUGUUUACAUACAUCCUGUCAGUUCUCUGUUCUGCCCUGCGUGGUAUUACAGUGAGCCUGUAUAUACGAAAGUUGCAUUUGCCAUUUAUUACUUAGCUAAUAAAAAAUACAUAGUAUACAA